CGAGUCGAAUAACUCGCACCUCAACAAUGCCUCGUGAAAUUGUAACUGUGCAACUUGGACAAUGCGGGAAUCAAAUGGGCUCUGUCUACUGGCAACGCCUGUGCGCGGAACAUGGUAUCAACAAUGAGGGUAUUCUGGAGGAAUGGGCUACAGAGGGUGGUGACAGGAAGGACGUGUUCUUUUACCAAGCUGACGACGAACACUACAUUCCGCGUGCUAUCCUUGUUGAUCUUGAGCCUCGAGUCAUACAUAACAUUUUAUCCUCUCCAUAUGCAAGUUUAUAUAACCCCGAAAAUAUCUUUGUGUCAAAGGAUGGAGGUGGAGCGGGGAACAUUUGGGCUCAGGGCUAUUCUGCUGGUGAGCGGAUUUAUGAGGAGGUUAUGGAGAUGGUUGAUCGAGAAGCUGAGGGUAGCGAUUCACUUGAGGGAUUCAUGAUGAUGCACUCAAUAGCAGGCGGUACAGGUUCCGGUCUAGGAUCAUAUAUGCUCGAACGACUGAACGACAAGUUCCCGAAGAAGCUUAUCCAGACGUAUUCUGUGUUUCCUAACGCUCAAGAAGGAGACGUCGUCGUACAACCUUACAACUCGUUACUGACGCUUAAACGAUUAACGAACCAUGCGGACUCUGUUGUCGUGCUUGAUAAUGGUGCACUUGCGAGAUUGGCUGCGGAUAGGUUGCAUUUGCAGACUCCGUCGUUUGAUCAGACGAAUCAACUUGCUUCAACGGUCAUUGCUGCAAGCACACAAACUCUCCGAUAUCCUGGCUACAUGAACAACGACCUCGUCGGUAUCAUCGCGUCUCUCAUCCCGACUCCUCGUUGUCAUUUCCUCAUGACGUCCUAUACACCCUUCACAAGUGAUCAAAUCGACAAGGCGAAGCCUAUCCGACGAACGACCGUCCUAGAUGUCAUGCGACGACUCUUACAACCCAAGAACCGGAUGGUAUCAACUACACCUAGCAAAACGGCAUGCUAUAUCUCAAUCUUGAAUAUCAUCCAGGGUGAAGUUGAUCCUACUGACGUGCAUCAAUCUCUCCUUCGAAUCCGAGAACGCCAACUUGCAACGUUCAUACCCUGGGGACCUGCAUCCAUACAGGUCGCACUCACCCGCAAAUCGCCCUACGUCACAACAAGUCACCGUGUCAGCGGUCUCAUGCUUGCGAAUCAUACCAGUAUCGCUUCCCUCUUCAAACGAAUGCUAGACCAGUACGAUCGUCUACGGAAGCGGAACGCUUUCUUGGAUCAGUAUAAGAAAGAGCCGAUAUUCCAGAAUGAUUUGUCUGAAUUCGAUGAAUCGCGAGCGACCGUUGACGAACUUUUACAAGAAUACAAAGCUUGCGAAAGCCCCGAUUAUAUCUCAUAUGGCACAGCAUCCGACCAACAGGAAACCUGAUCUAACGUUGAACCUGCUUGAUUCAUGUAUCACUUACCAUCUUAUAUCACUAUUGUAUCAUGCUCUUUUCCAUGCUAUUCUAUGGUUUACUUUCCAG